AUGGGUUUGGAUCCUAUGAACCAUGCUAUAGCGAAGAAUGCGGCGGACGGAUCGUUUAUGGACAAGUCUGUUGCAAGAGUUACGCAAAUACAUGACAAGAUGGCAAAACACAAUCAAGCUUGGCAUUCUAAGGAUACUUCGGGCGGAGUUGCAUAUGGUUCUCCUUCCUUGACCAACUUGAUCAAGGAGAAUCAAGAGAGGGACCAAAUAAUUGCAGGGUUGGCCAUAAAUGUAAAUGUGUUGACAAAAAUGUUCACGGAAAAUCAAACAAAAAAGGUGAAUGUAGUCGAGGAUGUGCAACCCAUCUCCAAUGAAGAGUUUGAAGAAGAUAACUACAUCAACAACCCUCAAGGAGGGUAUCAAAGACAACAUUAUCAGGGUCAAGGGCAACAAAGUCAAUGGAGGCCAAACCCGCAAGGGCAAGGCAACCAACAAUGGAGACAUGACCAAGGCGGCUCAAACCAAGGGAAUUGGAACAACAACAACAACUUUUCUAACCGGAGUUCAAACCCUUAUGUUCCUCCAAAGGGUCAAUAUUUGAACCAAGGGUCUUCUAGUGAAUCGAAGUUGGAAGCUAUGCUUGAGCGGGUGUUGCAAAAUCAAGAAAAAUCUGAUGCUUCCAUGAGGAACAUGACCGAAGUUGUUGGAUCUCAUACCACCUCCAUCCAAAAAUUGGAGAUGCAAAUGAGAGACCUCUCCAAAGAGCAAAAUCCAAAACAAAAAGGAACACUCCCUAGUGACACGUUUGCAAAUCCAAGAGGUAGUGGGAGUGGUCCAACUUCUCACAUCGUGGAAAUCACUACUGGGAGUGGGAAAGUGCUACACGGAGAUGGUGAACAAACGGUUGAAGAAGAAGAGUCCGAACAAAGGGUUGAGGUUGAAGAGCCAAGUGUUGUCGAGGUUGAAAAGAGUCCGGAAGAGUUGCAAGUGCAAAAAGAGAACCGGCAAGAGGUAAAGGAAAAAGUGAAAGAGGCACCAAAAGCUCUUCCACCUAUUCCUAGACCUCCUCCCCCAUUUCCUCAAAGGCUCGCAAGAAAGAUUGAUGAUAGCAAACUUGAGAAGUUCUAUGACAUCCUCAAGCAAUUAACGGUGAAUAUUCCUUUUGUGGAAGCCUUUCAAGAGAUGCCGGGGUUUGCUAAAUAUUUAAAAGAUUUGAUCACCAAAAAGAAGACCACAAAGAAUGAGGUAGUAAACAUGACUCACCGGGUUAGCUCCAUUAUUGCCACAACCAACAUCCAAAAGAAAGAAGACCCGGGAGCUUUCACCAUUCCUUGCACCAUCGGGGCCCGUGACUUUGCAAGAGCGUUAUGUGAUAAUGGGGCUAGCAUCAACUUAAUGCCUCUUGCCAUAUAUAAGCAAGCAGGGUUGGGGAUGCCAAGGCCCACUAGUAUGAGAUUGCAAAUGGCCGAUCGGUCAAUCAAACGCCCGGCAGGAAUUGUUGAUGAUUUGAUAAAAGAAACCCCUAUCAUUUUGGGGAGACCAUUCCUAGCCACGGGAAGGGCACUCAUGGAUUCGGAGCGGAAUGAAAUUAAAUUCCGGGUGAAUGAUGAAGAAGUCACAUUUCAAGCGAGCAAGGGUAUGAAGCUACCCCAUGAGUAUGCGGGCAUUUCAGUGAUAGAUGUUGUUGAUGAGGUAGAAAGUGCCGUCGAAAUGAAAAUGGAAGAACAAUGCCUUAGUGAGGCAUUGGCGGCUAUUUUGGUCAACUUUGAUGGUGAGGACAUGGAUGGGUACAUGGAGUCGGUAAAUGCAUUGGAGGGUCUUGGAUCCUACACCUAUACUCCGGCAAAGCUUUCUCUUGACUUGGAAAAUAGGGCUACACCUCCCGCCAAGCCAUCAAUCAUUGAGCCACCACAACUAGAGCUCAAGCCACUCCCCCCCCACCUAAGGUAUAAAUUUCUUGGCUCUAAUGAUACUUUACCCGUAAUUGUUUCAUCUUUGUUGAAUGAUGUGCAGGUAGAGCAAUUGUUGGAAGUCUUGAAGGAUCAUAGGCAAGCUAUUGGAUGGACAAUUGCGGACAUCCGAGGGAUUCCCGCAGGAAUUUGUGAACACAAGAUCCAAUUGGAGAGUGACACGAAGCCAAGUGUGGAGCAUCAACGACGGUUAAACCCGUCAAUGCAAGAGGUAGUAAAGAAAGAAAUCAUCAAGUGGUUGGAUGUCGGGGUGGUCUACCCUAUUGCCGAUAGUUCUUGGUUCCGGGCCUAUUUGUUGGGAUCCAAGGUGGUAGUGUACACAGAUCAUGCUGCUCUUCGCUAUCUUAUGGCAAAGAAGGAUGCAAAGCCGCGAUGUGUUCCCGAAGAAGAAGUUAUGCCUAUUCUAAAAGCGUGCCAUGACUCGCCGGUUGGAGGUCAUCAUGGGGGAAAUCGAACGGCGGCCAAGGUACUUGAAUGUGGUUACUAUUGGCCGACAAUCUACCAUGAUGCCAAUCAAAUGGUCAAGGCUUGUGACCAAUGUCAAAGGCAAGGAUCAAUCUCCAAGAGGCAUGAAAUGCCUAUGAACUUUGUGAUGGAGAUAGAAAUCUUCGAUGUGUGGGGCAUCGAAUUUAUGGGUCCAUUUGUGAGCUCUUAUGGGAUGAAAUAUAUCUUGGUAGCUGUGGACUAUGUGUCCAAAUGGGUUGAGGCAAUUGCUUUGCCUAACAAUGAGGCAAGAAGUGUGACCGCAUUCUUGAAGAAAAACAUAUUCACUCGGUUUGGCACACCUAGAGCCAUUCUUAGUGAUGGUGGAUCUCAUUUUUGUAAUAAGGCUUUCACGGGGCUGCUAGAAAAGCAUGGCGUAAAGCACAAGGUGGCCACAACUUAUCAUCCCCAAAUCUAG